AUGCUAAUUCUUCCUCUCUCUCUCUCUCUCUCUCUCUCUCGGUCUCACUCCAUCAUUCUCUCCAAUUUCUGUAUUUCUUUCUCUCUCUUUUUAUUUUCAUUUUCAGGCCUGUCUUUCUUCUUUCUCUCUGUCACUCCUCACUCUUUAUUGCUCAGACUUUAUUUUUCUAUCUCCUCCCACCAUCUCUCUUGCCAUUCCUUCUUUUACUCACCUUUAUUGUUGCUUUCUUCUCAUCUUCUUUCACUUUUUCCACUCUUAUGUUUUAAUCUUAUUCCAUUUCUUUUUGUUUCUGUUCUCUGUUUUACUUACUUACUAUCUUUUGCAUUUCCUCUCUUUCUAUUCAUUUUCUUUUGUUUCUCUCUCUCUCUCUUUACUCAUCUCUUGUUUCUCUUUCCCCUCAGUGUUUUACACUUUUCCUUUCCCUCUCUGUUUUCUCUUUUUAUCCUCUUUUCCCUUACCUCCCUUUUUUCAUUCUGUUCCUCUCUCUCUCUCUUAUUUUUCACUUCUUUAUUGUCUUCCUUUCAUUCUCUCUAUCUUCUAAAUUUACAUUUCCCAGCUUUUUUUCUUUUUUUUUUCAUGUUUUUAUUUUUCUUCUUUGUCUUUGGUUCUUCCAUUCUAAUCUUUCUUUUCAUCUUUCAUUCUUUUUCCAUUUAUUUCCAUUCAUGUUUCUUUCUGUUUCCUUCAUUUCUCAAAUUUCUUUCUUACAUGCUGCUUUGUUCUUUUCUUUCUGAAACUUUGCCUUCUCUUUUAUUUUCUUGCUUGGAUUUUUUGAUCAUUUUCAAAUGCAUUCUUUUCUUUUUUUUUUUUCCUCCAUUUUCUUCUUCUGUUCUUUUAUUUCCUAAAAUUCCUGCUUCAUUUUCAACCAAUGGCCCCAACACCAUUGUUUUUAAAAUCAUUUCUUUGUUCAGCUCCAUGCACCAACAUUGA